AUGGCUCAAUUUGAAAAAGAGUUUCGUUAUUUAUGUCGUCAAAUCAAUUCAUUAUCUAAUGGUCAAGCUCAUGCAAGUUAUGAUAAUAUAUUUAAUCAUUCAAAUUCAUCAGCUCGUACUUCCAUUUCUUCAUCUUCCUCAGAAUCCGAUGAACCAACUUCUUCUCUUGGAUUUCAUAUUGAGAUAACACCACAGGAUGGUCCAUAUGCUCAUGGUUCAUAUAUUUUUCGUAUUGAAGCAUCGACAGAUGGUGAUUAUCCGGAAUAUCCACCAAUUGUUUCAUGUUUAACACGUAUCUAUCAUCCAAAUAUUGAUACAACAUAUCAAAAUUAUUAUAAUAAUGUAUGUGUAUCAACAGUAAAUGAAUGGAAUGAUGGAACUAAUUCUACACUCGAAGAUAUUUUACAAGGUCUUAUGUUUCUUUUUCAUUCACCGAAUCUUGAUGAUCCAUUAACAUCAAAUAUUACAUCGGAUGAAAAAGAAUUUUUAAAAUAUGUUCGUAUAUCUAUUGAAGGUGGUUUAAUUGAAGAUUUUGAUCAAGUAGAUAUAUUUGAAAUGAAUUAUGGUUAUAAACGUUAUUUAAUGGAACAGGAAAAACAAUAUAUAGAAGAAGGAGAACAACUUGAUGAUCAUCUUGUUAAUAUUCUAACACGAGAACCAAAUUAUAAAGAAUUAUUUAAUGCUGAUACAUUAGAAUUUCUUAUGAAUACAACAUCGAUUACUCAUUCUACAAGACAUAAUAAGGAAACAUUUACAAAUUCAUAG